ACAUUAAAUUGAUAUCUUCAAAUCUAAAUCUUUAAAAUUGAAAAUUGCUCGAUCUCUAUCUGUCCUAAUUAUAUUAAGUAUUUUUCUCCCGAAGAAUAGAAAUCCUCUCCUUUGAUAAAGGAAGAAGAAGAAGAAAUAUCUCGGAAAGAAUUGGUUUGAAAAGAGCAGUUGGCAGCACAUGGUAGCGUCUCUGCCGCCAUUUUGCGCCAUUCUCCUGUAAUUACGAUUCGCGACGCUAAGCUGGAAGCUUUUUGGAAUAUCAGCAAAGAUUUAGUUAAUUUAUAAUACAUAAUCUUUUUGAUAAAGCCUCAAGUGUCGUCAUGGGUUGCGAUGGUGGUACUAUUCCUCGCAGGGAUGAACUUGUCAGAGUGAAAAAGAAGCCGGAACAGAAAGACAAGGAAGCAGAAUUGGCUUUUAAAUGGAAACAUUGUACAAUACGACAAUUGCCAUUGCAGCCACCAAUCGUGGGUUGCAGCUUGGGUCAUCUAUAUAGCAAGGAAUCUGUAUUGGAAGGACUUUUGGAUCGUACUACUCUUCCUGAAUCUGCUAUACAUAUCAAGAAUUUGAAAGAUGUGAGAAAUCUUAAUUUGACCCCAAAUCCAGCGUUUGAUGGUAAUAAAGCUGAGAAAGGGGAUGGGUACAACAAUGGAGGCAAAAGCCCAUAUAUUUGUCCAGUCAUCGGUUUGGAAAUGAAUGGGAAAUAUAAAUUCUGCUUCUUAUGGUCAUGCGGUUGUGUAAUGAGCGAACGUGCACUCAAAGAAGUGAAGAGUCUGACAUGUCACAAAUGUCAGCAACCAUUUGAAGAAACAGACAUAGUCAUAUUAAAUGCAGAAAGUGACGAUUUGGAACUCAUGAAGGAGAGAGCAACACUUAGAAAAGCUAGUCAGAAGAAAAUGAAAAAAAGGAAGUCAGAUGACGUAACAGCAGAAGAGAAGAAAACAGAUGAAGUGUCCAAAAAAAAGAUAAAAAAAGAAGAUAAAAUAAUUCCUAAACUGAAUGAUAAUAGCAACAAAGCCAAUGAUCCUGCUUAUAGAAAAGCUAAAAAUGAUUAUAGUAUCGCGAAAGAUCCCAAAGCGUCAGAAGUUUUCAAAAGCAUUUUUACCACUCAUAAAUCCGCCACAGAGCAGGAUAGAGCGCAUUGGGUUACUUAUAAUCCAUUUUAUAAUUAAUGUAUAUAAAAUAGGUAUAAAAAUUGUCUUUUCAAAGAAAAUGUA